UGCCCAACUAUCAUUACUCGGGUGGUCAUCACAUCUUUGCACAGAUCUGGUUUCUCUGAUGCAAGAACCGACCAUAUAACCACAACAUCUAUCAAGUACUCUCAAUACACGUUCUUAUUCUUUUCAUGAAAAGGACCGCUCUCGUGUCCAUUCUCGUGCUCAGCGUUGCCGCCCAAGGCUUUGUCCCAAAUCCUGCAUGGCGGAACGCCAGCAUUACCACUUCCCCGGAGGAACGAAUAGCGGUUGCGAAAGAUGCACUUGAUGUCACCCUCUCGAUGAUGGUCGAUGAGAAGGGUCAACUGAAAUUUGAAGACACGAAUUAUGGGGCAGCUGCGAAUCUUUUUGCUCAAAUGGCACAGUUUGACGGGUUCACCAAUCAGAGUAUUUACAGAAAUCAACUCCUGAAUCUAUUCCCUCAGGCGGAGAUUUUCCGUCCCAACUUUACACAUUCUAGUCCUAAUGAUGCAGAGGGUAUUCCAUCGCUGCUGUUCAUGCCUAUGCAACAUAUUCUGAUUCGAGGUUUCUCGGUUGGGCGAUGACUGCUUGGAGUUCGGGGAAUUCCUAUACACUAUCAGAGGAGGAACUACGCACCGGGAAAGUCUUCGGAAAGAAUGUCACAAUAAAAAGUACCUGUGCGAAUCUGACCAUGGCGGGUGGAACCUUUUGGAGGAAUGUGACCGACGAUGGAUACUUGAAUGCGCUAUCAACUGGGUGAGUCGAUGAAGUUUUUGCCUACGAGUACAGGAGUGGCUCAAGCUGAUGAUACCUCCAGGACAUACCUCAUGUACUUUUUUCCUCAUUUUCUUUAAAGACAAAUGCAGAAAAUCUAACACUUUAUGCAUUCACCAGUGCAACAUCUAUGCUAGCAGAAAUUACGAAGGAAGAAACAUACCUCACAUCUGGAAUUGAAACAGAAGCAUUCUAUUUCAAUCACUUGCGGAAUGCCCAAGGUGAUAUGCUAGACGGUAUAGCCGGAGACUCUUGUGCACAGCG